AUGGCUACUCCACAUCAUAGUCCCCUAGCUGGAGGAAUGAAAUCUCAUUCAGACUUUGAUCAUGAGAUGCAUGUUCUAUUACUGAGUAAGUCCAGAGUGAAGUCUUCACUAGGUACUUCAACAUUGCUUGCUGGGUUUGCUUUGGUUGCUAUGGUUGAAGUGGAGCUAAACAACGAUACUCCAACUGCCAUCCUCAUCCCCUUCACAAUGAUCACUGCCCUACUCAUAUUUGUACACCUCUUUUCUCUUGUUAUUGCUACUCGCUUGCUACCAGAAUUGGAAGCAGCUAUUCAUCAACCUCAGUUUUUAUUCUCUUCGUCCAUUGCCCGAGGGCACACAUGGCCAGUACAGUUGGUGUGGUACCUGUCUAACAUUGUGGGCAUUCUGUUGUUUCUGUUGGAGUUGGUAUUUGUAGCAUUUGUCAAAUUCUUCCCUCAUCAAAACACACAACCUGAUCGCUACUGGAUUGGAAUUGCAACGCUAGCCGUCGUCCUUGUUCUAUCACUGAUAGCUGCACCCUUCAUUGUGGUUUUCUUCAGAUCUGUAUCAAAGAAGAAGAUACAGCUAAUGGAGGCAAGAUUGGAGAGCGGAAAAGCCAUGGUAGACAAUCUCAAUCAAAAUAAUCCACUAGUGACUAGAGACAUUUCUUUUGCUUAUGGUCACACUGAAGUCUAAGAUUUAGUCAUGUUCAUGUAUAUUAAUAACAUUCAUACGCUCCCGUACAUAGCCAUAGAUUUUAUGCUGUGUACGUACGUGGUAUAGUUAUAAAGUAAAGAAAUGAUCAUGCUUUUUUUA